CUUAAGAUGUGGCCUAAUGGAGGGGAGAGAACUCUCGUCAUGUCCAAACAGAGAAGGAGUAUAAAGUGUGAGGAGACUUGCGACUUACUAUCAAAGCAAGUACAAAGACAAAGAGAAACAUUUUGAACUGUUCACUUAGAGACAUCUUCUAAUAGUAAGCAGCCAACAUUGAGAGAGAGAGAAAAAAAAAAUGGCCAGCGUCUUGAUUGCUGUCUUCAUUUUGGUGACUGCUACCUUGAGCCACGGGUUCCCAUCAGGUGGACCUUACUACUCGUGCAAGACUCUUAAACCUGGUCACAAUGAUGAGCUGCAGACGUCGACACCACCGUAUGCCAUGAGCGUGAGUCGAGCAACGGUUGAACCAGGAGGCAGAGUUUCUGUGACGCUGUCCAGCAAGGGAAGUCCUUUUAUGGGCUUCAUGUGUGCCGCCAGUGAGAAUGAUGACCAAUCGAAUAAAACAGUUGGACAAUUCUAUCUGACGUCAUCAUCUUCAAAGGUCGCUCACCUGCAGAACUGUUCAGGAUCAACACAGAACACAGCCAUCACCCACUCGACCAAUGAAAUGAAAACGAGUGUUGGAUUUGAUUGGUCAGCUCCCGCAAGUGCCGUCAUUGGCUCUGUAUAUAAAAUGAGGUGUACGUUUGUACAAUCCUUCAACGUCUACUGGAUAAACUCCCUUGUUAGAAUCACCGUGGUUGGGACAGGUGGCCAAAAUCCCAAUGAUAUCAAUUCCAGGACUCCUGCUUCUGUGACUGCUAAAAGCCUCAUCCCACCAACGAGUAACGGGAAGAUCAACCCAAAUGGAAAUCUCUACGCCGCUACAAAACCUACUACGAAGACUGGAACAAUGAACGUUCAGGACUACUCGGUGUCAGAGCAGACGUCGAAACUCGUUCUUCAACUUUUAAGUGAGUUUGACAAUGCUAUGAAAAACCAGAACGCCACAAAGGGACCUGCUGGAGUCGGUAUUGAGAACCAUCAACUGCGAGUCAGCGACCAGCGCCAGCAGGGCACAUCCGAACCUAUUAACAUCAAUGUCAAUAUCAAAUUAUCUUCUUCACCAGAUACCAAAGAUAAUGCCGUCGAUGCUCCAACCGGCCCGACAUUCACUGGCCAGGUACAAAAUAACAUUAUAAAUAUCCUUUUAUUUCAAAACCCGAACGCAACCGCUUCUUCACCAAUCAGCACCCAAUCAGAUGGAACACAUAGACAGAGAGUGUAAGGUCACUUCCGUUGUAACUUGUUGGAAAUUUCAAAUCCAUUUAUGUCGCUGAAUACGAAGUAUAAUAAUUCCAAGCUAAAUAUAAAUACAUGCUUAAGCAGUUCUAUUCCAUGUAUCAGUUGGUAGGGGGUCAAGAUCAGACCACUCUGAAAUUACAAUACUACAAUACAAUACAAUAAAAUAUUUUUUUUAACAUUCCUAUUUGUUUUGAAUACAAAUAUUUAUCUUCCAACGAUUUUUAAAUAUUGUAUAUUUUUAAAAAAUGUAUUUUAAUAUGAUUUCGAACGCUCAGGAAUUUUCAUUUAAGUAUAUACGUUUACAUUUCACACUCAGCUAUUGGAGAUUUUCGUAAAAUGGGAGACAAAUCCAUAAAUUGUUGGUGUAUCUGGUUGACAGAACACGGACGCAUUGCUAAACUUUACAUUUUGAAAUCAAAUUUUUUCAUUUUUCGAUCAAUGUAAAAUCUAAUAUUAAAUUUCUAAAGAAAAAAUCAGAUUGCUGUGAAUAGCCUUUAGUAUGAAAAUCUCCAAUUAGUUUUAAUUAUUACAUUUGAUAAUUUUAUAUUUGAAUCUCUUGGCAUAAUUGUUUGUUUUGUCAUUUUUCUUACUUUUUGAUAAAAACAUUAAUUUGUCUAAUGGCAUUCGUUUUUUAUUUAAUAUUUCAAAUAUUAUUUUAUAUAUUUUUAAAACAAAAAUGUGUAUCAAUAUUUAGGCUUUAUCUCAUCACUCUUUCCUUGGCAACUAGUUUACAUUUUACAUGUAAAAGUUUUACUAUAAUGUCAGACAACAACUAGUGUAGAGUGUAAUGGAAGAAAUAGUUUUCGAAUUAAUGCAGUAUUCCACGUGACUAUACAAAGACAGUCUAUGAGAUAGAUUAUAUUUUAAAAACAUGUAUAUAGCUUAUAGAUAACAAUCGAUGCAGUAGAUUUCUCUAUUAAAUGGUUUCAAGUGACUUAGUAUUUACAAUUAAUAUGUUUAAAUGAAAAGAACAUUUUCAGAUGCUGUGGAUAGCACGGCCAUUGCUGAACAUUAUCCUUUGUCUAAAACACCAUUAAUAAAAUUUAAAUGUUUUUACUGUUUAAUAUGACAUUUGCUGCUCUGAAUAGGGAGUGCUGUCAGAAUUCCUAUGUAGUUAAAAAGAAAGUUGUUUUUUUUAUCCAAUCUUUGUAUGUAUUAAAUUUUUCAUUUCUUUAAAUAAAACUCAUAAUACAAAUGUUU